AUGCCGUUCGCAAUUAGCAUGCUCUGGUCGGCACCAGAGAUCAACCCCUACAACAAGAAGGCCACUUCCAUCCCUGUCCUGAACCCCAUUAACAAGUAUGGGCGUGUGUUUUUCUUCUCUUACCUGGGUUUCUUCAUCGCGUUCUGGUCAUGGUACGCGUUCCCACCUCUGCUGAGUAAGAGUAUCAAGGCGGACAUGCAUUUGUCGCAGAACGAAAUCGCCAACUCCAACAUCGUCGCGCUAUGUGCAACACUACUGGUCCGCUUCAUUGCGGGACCUAUGUGCGAUCACUUUGGCCCACGCAUCACCUUUGCAUCGCUGCUAUUCGCUGGAGCUAUUCCAACCGCUCUUGCUGGCACUGCUCACAAUGCAAUGGGUCUUUAUUUUAUCCGUUUCUUUGUCGGUAUUCUUGGCGGAACUUUCGUGCCCUGCCAAGUUUGGACUACUGGCUUUUUCGACAGGAACGUCAUUGGAACUGCCAAUGCUUUGGUCGGAGGUUGGGGUAACUCUGGUGGUGGCAUCACAUACUUCGUUAUGCCCGCCAUCUACGAUUCUCUCAAGGCUGACCAGGGUCUCUCCUCUCACGUCGCAUGGAGAGUAUCCUUCAUUGUUCCCUUCAUCAUGAUCACAGCCUGUGCCCUCGCUCUUCUACUGCUGACCGAUGAUACGCCUACUGGAAAGUGGUCUGAGCGUGGUGCUACCGUCGUGUCCAAUGCAGACCAGACAGUGGGCCACCACGCGUCUGUUGUUCCUACAACUGGAGCUCUAGACGACAAGCCUGCAACUACCGGGUCGAUCUCUUCUAGUGACGAGAAGAAGCAAGAGCGACCAAACUCCGAUGUCGAGUCCGGUCGCGGCGAUGUCCAAAUCAUGGACGAGUUCCAACACGAAGUUGUCGUCAAGCCUACUUUGAAGGAAGGACUCAAAGUCAUGUUCUCGCUCCAAACACUGAUGCUUUGCUCGGGCUACUUCUGCUCCUUCGGUGGUGAAUUGGCCAUCAACUCCAUUCUUGGUGCCUACUAUUUGAAGAACUUCCCCUACCUUGGUCAAACGCAGUCUGGACGAUGGGCAGCCAUGUUCGGUCUUCUGAACAUUGUUACCCGACCACUCGGUGGCUUUAUCGCCGAUCUCAUCUACAAGGUCACCGGCCGCAACCUCUGGGCGAAGAAGUUCUGGAUUCACUUCGUCGGCGUCAUGUCUGGAAUCUUUUGCAUUGUCAUCGGUAAACUAGACCCACACAACUUGAGCGAGCUGAUCGGUCUUGUCGCUGUCAUGGCGAUCUUCUUGGAGGCUGGUAACGGUGCCAACUUUGCACUUGUACCUCAUAUCCACCCUCACGCUAAUGGUAUCCUUUCUGGUAUUGUCGGCGCGACUGGUAACUUUGGUGGUAUCAUCUUCGCCAUUAUCUUCCGCUACCACAAGACGAAUUAUGCGCAAGUGUUUUGGAUUAUUGGCAUCAUGAUCAUUGUGCUUAACUGCAUGUUCAUGUGGGUAAAGCCUAUUCCCAAGGGGCAGAUCGGUGGUCGUUAA